AGCUUGCCUGCCGUAUAAGGAACGAGCUCGCAGUUUCACGGCCGCCACCCCGACUGGACCACCGAAGACCGCCCGCACCAUGGCCUCCCACGGGCCACUCAGAGUCGGUUACGUGCCCGAGCACUUUUCGACGCCCAUCCACUUUGCCAAGAAGCACUAUGGCUUGGAGGCGGAACUGAUUCCGUUCCCAUCCGGGACCGGCCACAUGAUCACGGCGCUGCGCGGCGGCGAGAUCGAUGUCGGUAUCGGCCUCACCGAAGGCUGGGUGGCCGGCCUCGGCAGGUCGCAGGAGUCAGGCGACCGAGACGGCGGUUUUAAACUCGUCGGCACCUACGUCGAGACUCCGCUAUGUUGGGCAAUCUCGACCGGCGCUGACCGGCCCGAGAUCAAGUCGGUCGACUCGCUCCAGGGAGGCAAGAUCGGCGUGUCGCGCAUCGGGUCCGGCAGCUACGUGAUGGGCUAUGUGCUGGCCGACGAGCGCGGGUGGCUGAUCCCUUCCGCCGGCGCGGGAACGGCCGCCGAGCAGGCGUCGCCGUACUCGGACUUCGUCGUGCUCGACACGUUCGAGAAGCUGCGCAAGGCCGUCAACUCCGGCGAGGCCGACUUUUUCAUGUGGGAGCACUUCACUUCGAAGCGCUACUACGACAACGGCGAGAUCCGCAAGGUCGGCGAGAUCUACACGCCCUGGAGCAGCUGGAAGAUCGUAGCCUCGACGAGGCUGAUCGACGGCGAGAAGCUGGAUCCUCGCGUCGACGACUUGCUGGGCAAGCUCAACCUUGGCAUCAGGCACUUCAACGAGAACAAGGAGGAGGCAAUCAAGUACAUCAGCACCGAGCUGGACUACUCGGAGGAGGACGCCCGGCAGUGGCUCGAGACGGUUAGGUUCCCCGAGCGGAGCCAAGGAGUCGACCUGAACGUGAUUCACAACACGGUCCGAGUUCUGUGCCAGGCCGGCGUACUCUCUGUGGGAAAGGGCGCAGACGCUGCGGCCAUGGUCGCCAAGCGGCGCUGAGAAAAUGAAGAAAAAAAAAAGGGUGUUUGAAGCAAGAGCUUCGCCCUGACGUUACUUUCUUGAACAACCAAAAAAAGACUGUUAUCAUCGACGGUACACGUGUGGAUUUGAUCAACGUCAUGGAUGUAGGGCGGGAAUAGGGAUGUUGCAGGUGUUUUCAGUCUGUUAUCCCAUCCGUCGCCACUUCUCAGGCUUCCACCGUGGACCACCUCACCACCUCCGUCUCUCGCACCUUCUCGCUCGGCUUGGAUGGCCUCCGUUCAGGCCGGCGGGCUCAGGAUGAAGAUCUCGCCCUCGGCGCUGUUGUCGCUGCCGACAAACAGGCCUCUUCCGGCCGGGUCCCAAGCCACGGCGGUCAGGCGGUGGCAGUUGCUCUGGGUCAGGCCGUUGGCGGUGCAGCUGCCCGGGUUCGGCGCGGUGAAGAUGUCGCGGUAGCCGCUCUGGCUGUCGGCGGGGGCCACGGGGUCGUAGGCGCCGCUGGCGAGCUUCUGGAAGGGGAUCUGCACCACCUUGAAGCCCGUCGCCGGCUGCCGGUCCCACGAGCCGUGGAAGGCGACGUACAUGUUCGUGGCGUCGCCGUCGAACGCGUUCCAGAUGGGCGCCGAGUGCGCCUGGAAGCUCAGCCGCGGCGGGAUCGCCUUGUUGGUGUUGCACGACGCGUCGUUGUACGACCCGUUGGGCGCCAGCACGAAGUUGCUUCCCGUCUUGAGGCCCGAGAAGGCCGACGGAUCCCACACGGCAAAGCACGUCGGAUAGCCGUACCACGCGUUGCGCACCGUCAGGGGAUCGCCCACUGUCCACACCACCCCAACCCCAGCCCGGUUAGCCCCCGAGGAACGGAUCCUCCAAUGAAGUUGUCAUUCCAUGGGAAGCAAAAGGUCUUCAAAGACUUACGGUUGUUGAGCUCCUCGGCCGGGUUGUUCUGGUGGAUGUCUUUCCUCUGCCCGUUCUCGGUGCGGGUGAAGUCCUGCAUUAUUGAUAAUUUUAUUUCGCGUCGUCAGUUAAGGGGUUCGCUUGGUUU